UCAGAGGAAGCUUGUUAUGGUGACUCCACAAUUAGUACCACAGCCCAUGUGGCCAGUCAGUCCCGUGGGAGGCUGGACUAAGCACCAUAUAAAAGUCCCACCUUGCUGGGCUUCACAGUCCACAGCCUUUGUUGAGUCUUAUUGAAGAUCAGGCUCUGCAAAUCACCCUAGGAUGUCCUUCAGUGAGCAGCAGUGCAAGCAGCCCUGUGUGCCCCCUCCAUGCCUCCCAAAGACCCAGGAGCCGUGCCAAGCAAAGGCUGAGGAGGUGUGCCUCCCCACAUGCCAGCACCCCUGCCAAGAUAAGUGUCUAGUGCAGGCCCAGGAGGUAUGUCUUUCUCAGUGUCAGGAAUCAAGUCAAGAAAAAUGCCCACAGCAAGGCCAAGAUCCAUGCCUACCUCCAUGCCAAGACCAGUGUCCACCUCAGUGUGCAGAGCCAUGCCAGGAGCUAUUCCAGACAAAAUGUGUGGAGGUUUGCCCACAGAAAGUCCAGGAGAAGUGCUCAUCCCCUGGCAAGGGAAAGUAGCUGCUCAUAUGUCAUCUGGGUUCAAGAAGAUGGCCAGCAGAUGAAACCCUGACCCCAGCCCAUGCUCUGGUGACCUUCUUCUGUGGGUACCUCUGUGUGCAAUGUACCUUCUUGCCUCCUGGCUUCCUUAGCAUUCCAGGACUUGGUCUGUGUCUCUGAAGACAGUUCUUUCUGUAUUUCAUCACCCUCUGUGAAUAAGCGUUGUUCUCAGCAGUCUGAUGGAAGGUCUCAAAUGUAGGAAUGGUGUGGUUGUCAGGGAAGACCACAGAAGCCUAGCACAGCUUCCUUGGUGCAAAAAUUCACCCAGCUCUGGGUGUGUAACAGCCAAGGAUGCCUUCAUUCAUCUUUCAGAGUUUCAGGCUCUCAAAUAAGCCUCAAAACAAAUGGAAUUCUGAUGGACUUUCCACUUAUCACCACCACAACCACCUCUACCACCACCACCACCACAGGUGUUGAGACAAAGCGGCUUGCGAUGUUUCAAAAAUCAAAAAUUGGGUGAUUUUGUCUCUGUACACUAAAAAGAACAGCAAAUUAUUGAACAUUGAAAUGUUGGUUGUGCUUUUUUAAAAUGAACCGAAAGUAUGUAAAUGAUUGAAUCCAAACAACCAGAAGGGAAAGAUAAUAUGGAUGUUUGGUGCCCUUGUCAAUCUCUGUGCUUCAUAGCUGGUCUAAUGUGGGCCCUUAGUUCUCACCAUGUACACUCUUUAGAGAUGUGAUUUGUGUCUGUGUGAUGCAGGCUGGUCUGUUCUCCAGCUUCCUUGCCUUCUUCUCCCUGGUGAAGGUAAAAUACAUAAUAAAGCUGAUCCUAAGGCUGA